AUGGGAGGCAAAUAUCAGAGGCUGAAAGGACAGAAAGCGAAGCGUUUGAAGUCCCCCAACACGAGUCUAGCCAAAAUCCUGAUUUUCCCCAUGACCAUCAGGGAACGCACCAAAAUUGAAAUGCUGGCCAGCAUGGCAGGCGUGGCUGCCGUUGGAUGGGGCACCUUGCCGCAAUUCCGUUGCGCCAGCCUCUUGGUGGUUCCCAAAUUCUUAGGGAAGGAAGGACGGCUUUACAUUCUCACGUACAUGCUAGCCACUGUCUAUGACGGCCCCGUGGCAAAUAUUCGCCACAAUCUCGGCGAAGUGGUGCGAUCCAUCAGCUGCACGGUGGAGUUACAGAUUGAAAACUCCAAAAAAGCUUGGAAGGUUUCCUUGGCUCCCAUGCGGAAGAUCCUCAAAGACAUGGUGAGAAGUGGGAAGACGCUGAGAAGCGAGUCCCAGGACAUCUCACGCUCCUUCACGGAGCUGAACAAGCAAGUGGAAAGCCGAGCCGGCACGGAGAGCCGCCGCUUGGCGCGCGAAACCGAAGGGAGCGCCUCCACCCAGGAAGUCUACGAGGCGAAGACGCGGAUGCGUUGCGAAAGCAUCAUCCAGAAGGCCGUGAAGCGUUGCCAGGCCUGGUUCCAGACCAAACACCGGUCUUGCAUGCAGACGAUCGCCGUGCCGCUAGUCAACCACCUGCUCUGCCUUCCUAUGAAAUUCAGCUUCCUUUGUCAUUUGGCCAAAGUGAUGAACGCUUGGUGCCGAGACAAGAUCCCUGUGGAAGGCAACUUUGGCCAGACAUAUGACCGGGUGAACGGCUCGGUGGAAAACUUAAACCAAGAUUUCACGGCCAGCAUUGUCAUCCAGGAAGAGCACCAAGAGAUGCUGGUGGGGGCCAACCUCUCUUCCCACAAACACCUGGUGGACAACGUCAAGGAGCAGGUGCACCAGAGCGGGAAACAGCUGGGCGCGGCCAUCACCAUCCUACGCGUUCUGCUCUCCUGCAUGUUUAUCCUCGUUUUCGCCUCGGCUUAUUCCUACACCAACAAGUACAACCAAGACAUCCGUUUCGAUAACCUCUACAUCUCUCGUUACUUUCGGCAGAUCGACGCAAGGCGCCGAAAACAGAAAAAACGGACGCUGCUGCCCCUACGCCGGGCAGAGGAGAGCCAGAUCAUCGACCCCCUGCGCCUGGCCUUCCAGCCGCCGGAGACCAAGAGUGUGAUGCUGGAGCUGCUGGGCUGCCUGCCUCCCCUCGUCUUCCUGCUCACUGCCUGGGCUCUGGACUCUCUCCUCUACACCAUCUUCAGCACCAUCCGGAACCACUCCUUCAUCCGGUAUUCCUUCCGCAGCAGCCACCACUUGGAAGUCCAGGUUGGCGGGGAGACCAUGAUGGCCCGUCUCCUCCGGAGCACCAUCGGGGCCCUGAACACGUCGUCAGAAAUGGUGAUGGAGGCCAACAACCUGCAAUGUUUGCCAGAACCGCGAGGGAUGAGCCAGGAUGAGUACGUGAAGACCGCCAUCCCGCUAGGCGCCCUGGUGAUGCUGUGUUUCCUGCAAGUCUACGUUUUCCGUCUCCGGAGAGUCAUCGCAGCCUUCUACUUCCCCAAGCGUGAGAAGAAGCGAAUUAUCUACCUCUACAACGAGAUGUUGCGUCGGCGCAUGGCUUUUGUCAUUGUGCAGCGCAAACGCAUCAUUCUGCGAGCUCGGAGGCGCAAGAGAGUGGUGAGUAAACCCCAGCACACCAGCCCUGCGAGGUAG